CCGAGCCACCUUUCCCCCUUCCCUUCCCUGCCCCCUUCCCUGCCCUGCUACCCUCCCUUCCCUGCCCUGCUACCCUCCCUUCCCUGUAGGCCCUUGGGUGUGGUCUCCCCGGUCCUGAUCCUUCCCCUACCCCACCCCCACCCCCAGGACCCUGGCGCCCCAGCCGCAGGUGCUGCGUCCCCGGGAGCCACGAUGUGCGUCCUCUCAGAACCUGUGGGCCUCCCUACCCUCACUGCCCUCCGUUUCCUCCAUGCAGGCCCCCACAUCCCUCAGAAUGACGUUGGACGUGGGGCCGGAGGAUGAGCUUCCCGACUGGGCUGCAGCCAAAGAGUUUUACCAGAAGUACGACCCUAAGGACGUCAUUGGCAGAGGAGUGAGCUCUGUGGUCCGCCGCUGUGUCCAUCGAGCUACUGGUGAUGAGUUUGCAGUGAAGAUCAUGGAGGUGACAGCUGAGCGGCUGAGUUCUGAGCAGCUGGAGGAGGUGCGGGAAGCCACACAACGAGAGAUGCAGAUCCUUCGCCAGGUCGCUGGCCACCCCCAUAUCAUCACUCUCAUCGAUUCCUACGAGUCUUCUAGCUUCAUGUUCCUGGUGUUUGACCUGAUGCGGAAAGGAGAGCUGUUUGACUAUCUCACAGAGAAGGUGGCCCUCUCAGAAAAGGAAACCAGGUCCAUCAUGAGGUCUCUGCUGGAAGCAGUGAGCUUUCUCCAUGCCAACAACAUUGUACACCGAGACCUGAAGCCUGAGAAUAUUCUCCUAGACGACAAUAUGCAGAUCCGCCUUUCAGAUUUUGGGUUCUCCUGCCAUUUGGAACCGGGUGAAAAGCUUCGAGAGUUGUGUGGGACUCCAGGGUAUCUAGCACCAGAGAUCCUUAAGUGCUCCAUGGAUGAAACCCACCCAGGCUAUGGCAAGGAAGUUGACCUCUGGGCCUGUGGGGUGAUCUUGUUCACACUUCUGGCUGGAUCACCACCGUUUUGGCACCGGCGCCAAAUCCUGAUGCUACGCAUGAUCAUGGAAGGCCAAUACCAGUUUAAUUCACCCGAGUGGGAUGAUCGUUCUAACACCGUCAAAGAUCUGAUCUCAAAGCUGCUGCAGGUGGACCCUGAGGAACGCUUGACAGCUGAGCAAGCUCUGCAACACCCCUUCUUUGAGCGCUGUGAAGGUAGCCAAUCCUGGAACCUCACACCUCGACAGAAGUUCCGGGUGGCAGUGUGGACAAUACUGGCUGCUGGACGAGUGGCAUUAAGCACUCACCGUUUACGGCCACUGACCAAGAAUGCACUGUUGAGAGACCCCUAUGCACUGAGGCCAGUACGGCGCUUAAUUGAUAACUGUGCCUUCCGGCUCUAUGGACAUUGGGUGAAGAAAGGUGAACAGCAGAACCGGGCAGCUCUCUUCCAGCACCAGCCUCCUAGGCCUUUCCCCAUUGUGGCCACUGAAGAAGAAGGGGACUCCAACGCUAUCACAGAGGAUGAGGUUGCACUGGUGCUGGGCUAGGACCUCAUCCUUGGCAAGCCAGAAAGCAGGACUCUCCAAGAGGAGAUUUUUUUUUUUUUUU